AAGGUGCCGCGCCAGCGAAGGACCGCAGUGGUUAAGCUGGCACCCCGCGGGACUGACGCGCACUUCGACCUCGCGCAAGGAAGCCACUUCAGUAUUACCUAAUCAUCUUUCAUUCGGCGUUCUCUGAUUUCAUUCACAUUUCACGACACUUAGAGAUGAUGACGUUGGUAAUUCAGACGGUUGUGAUGCUCGUGUUGUCUGGCGGGAUGGCUCGAGGCGACGUCCAGACCGACGUGGAGAAUCUGAGGUCAGCUGUGGUGGUUAAUCAGCUGAUCAUGCAACAGCAGUCACAGGUCAUUCAGACGCUUCUCAAUAAAUUUCUGGAUCAAGAGUCGGACUGCCCCUACCCCUACAAGAUGGUCAUGGGCGAGUGUUUCUACGUGAGCGAGGUGGAGCGCGUGUGGGAGGAGGCCAGGACAUUCUGCCAGGGGAUGAGGGGCGACCUCGCCUCACCGAACUCCGUCUACGUCCUUCUGGCUUACGUUCAUGACGUGUCAGACGAGUACGCCUUCUGGCUGGGCGCGACGGACCAGCAGGCGGAGGGCGUGUGGCAGUGGCUGGACGGGCGCCCCAUCACCGACUGGGGUCGUGGGCAGCCCGACAACGCGAACGGCGAGGAACACUGCAUCCACCUGGGCAACAAGUACGUCCUGAACGACAACGAGUGCACCAAGUUGCGUCGCUUUGUGUGCGAGUACGUCGGGUAAAACGCACGGCGAAUCUGAGCAGCGGCGCGGUCAGAGUCGUGUGAAUAAGAUUUUUCUCUGAAUAUUAAUACUUCGCCAAAAGCAGCUUGCUGGAAGAAGAUCAACUCGCGGUUCUUCCCCGAGUGGCUUUGUAUUGUAAAAGGGAAUAUUUGUGUAAUGUAAGAGCUUUCUGUGAAUGCCUCUCCUUGAUUUUUCCUCUCUCUUGAAGGGGUUACAGGAAAUAUAUUUUGAGAAAGGGGAGGGCGGGGAGCUGAUUCCCCUUCCAAGGUCUGAGGUGGGAGAGCGCAGAUUCGGAGAAGUUGAAACGCUCUGUUUGCCUAGGAAUUCUAACUGUGGCUAUUUCAUUUAGUACUUGUUUCAGAAAUACUAUCCAUUAAGGAUAUCUCUUUUGGAUUAAGCAAGGUUCAUCAGAAUAAUACUAUAAAAUGACAAAUACACAUUGCGUAUUUGCUACUUAAUGGUAAUAUUUUAUACGAUUUUGAUUUUGAUUUAUGGCUGCGUUGUGUCGUAUGUUUAUAUCAGACUUCAUCAUUAUGUUAAUUACAUUAUAUAUACCCCUGUAUAGCCUGCAUUUUGAAUAAAUAAUGUAAUGUUUUUCUGUCGCAUAAUACAUUUUGUGGAGGAUUUGUUACACCUGUAAUAUAAGAUUUAUGUUAAAGGAUAUCAUAUAAUAUUAAUAAUUGUGUCUUCAUAGUGACAACAUAAAUCACUUUUUCAGAUAUAUAUAUGAGUGAUUCUUCUCCGAUUGACAAUAAAUAAUCCAUACGAUGUACAAGU